UACAUGUAAAUGCAUAUACUUUCUACUAGGUCUAAUAACUUUUAGAUUGUGGGCACAAAGUCUAGAUGGCGGGUAUUCAGCCCUAGCACCAGCCUAAGUUUGCCGGCAUAACUUCGUUGUAGUUGUUUUAUAUGUGUGUUCUGUCUAUCGCCUUUGCACCGCCAAACUUAAGAAUAAAAAUAUUUAGACCAUUUAUAAAAGUAUGAUCUCUGACAUCUGUCAAAGCUAGAGAACAUUUGAGCUCAAUGUGCAUGUACAACACAUAAUUAAUUUUUAAUUAAAAAAUUCAAUCAAACAAUAAGCAACCAGUAACAGUUGUGUUUUUACGUAUAACUGUUAUUUUCAACCUCCAUGACAACAUGGUGGAACUUGCUUACCAGGCGCGUCGGAUGUCUUAGCCGAGAACGGAUGUAUAUUGCACAAAAGAAUUUGCGUGUCAACUUAAUCGAUUUACAUUGUACAAUAAAUAUGCUUGCGGCUAAUCAAGCCCUGUUCCUGAAGCUAAACAAGAGUGUCUGCUCAAGCAAGUUGACAGUAAGCAAAACGAUGAUUUGCAUUAUCAAAUCUAUUUAGAAUUAUGCUUGUUUCACAAAAUUGGAUGUAAAAUCUAUGACAUUUGUUUUAUAGAUUCUUCAUCUGAAAGUUAUCCAUGCAAACAUUGUUCGGUUCCUUUCAAAAGUUUGUCUUCACUCAGAAGGCAUGGUGAACUUCAACAUAAUAUUAAAAGAGUGAAACUCCCAUCCAUUAUCAUUGAUCCUCAUAAAGGGAUUCAUAUGGUGGUUCAAAGUGAAACUGGGUUGUUGGCACCAAUUCAUGUCCAGAAACAUGUUGAAGCUCGGGUUUCUUUUUGCAGCAAUGAAAAUUGCUCUGUCGUAAUGAAGAGUGCUGUCAAAAUUAAUCCGGCAAUUGAAUGUCCACACUUGGAUGCUGUUAAAUAUUCUGUCCCUCAACCACACAUUAGGUUGAGGGAAACAAAACUCGAAGAGAUGAAAAUGUUGGGAAUUUUAUCACCCACCUCAUGUUCAGCUCUUCUUGUAACAGCAGAAUUAGCUGGGAAACAAAAUAUUCCAAUUGUUGUAAAAGCAGACUUCUAUAGCCUUGCCUAUUCGUCCCGUUUUGUGUACUACUCUGUCUUUUCAAAGAAAGAAGAUUACUAUUCCAAACUUGGACGUGUAAGGGUUACGUUUGAUAGCGAUCUUGGCAUUUGGUCAUGCGAGUGUCCAUUAUCAAGCAGUACAUCUAUUUGUACUCACCAAUCUGCUACCAAGUGGUAUGAGUUUCAGAUGAACCCAGCUGCACUUCAAGCCUCCAAUAAAACAGAAAGAACAAUUGAACCCAACAAACUGGAUAAAAUACAGUUAGAAUAUCUUUUGAAAGCUCACAGGAUACCUGAAGAUAUUGAAGAACAAUACCUCCUGGAAUCUCCUCCACCAGCAGUUCUCGUUCCAAUUGAAGAAAGCUGUCCUUGUUGUUCUGCAGAACUGACAGAGUUGACCAAUCAAAAAUGCACCAUUUUUGGAGUCACAAAUAUUUGGAAAGGAAUUCAAGUUGUUAUGAAACAAUGUACUUCUUGCAAGUUUAUUGUCCGAUAUCAAAAUUAUCGAUCAGGCUUUCAUAACUUCAACAACAAGGUUAUGCUUUCCCUUAGGUUGUGCAUUCACCUAUUAAAAGGCAUCCAGUUUCAUGUUAAUGUGGAAAGCAAUUUGAAAAUCUUAUUUGACGAAAAUGUCCCCAUCAACAACAUACGGAAUGGGUUCACUCAUUUCUGUGCAAUGAGGGAUUGUACGUAUGAGUUUUCAUGCUUAAAGUGUGGAUUCAACCCACAAAUUCUUAUUGGUGAUGGAAAUUGGGCAAAUUGUUGCAAAAGACCAGUUGAUGCCAUACAAUCUUCUAAAGAAAAUUGUCAAGACAGAGUGAACUGUGAAGAUUCAUGGGAAAAUAUUGAGAAAGAAAUUCUUGGGAGAGGUUUACAUGAAAGUGCCAAUAAUCCUUUUAAAUUGGAUAUAAAAUACAAUGCUGUUUCACCAUGGAUUGGGAAAUAUUCACGAGCAUCUGAUUAUAUUCUGGACACGGAACAUAAAAAAUGUUCCAUGUUAAAACAAACAAAAUUAAAGCCAACAAAAUUUGUAGUGUCUCAGGAGGAAAUUCUGGACGCCUUACACAAAAAGGAUGCGAAAUCAUUAAAGGUAUUAUGCAACCAAUUGGGAGUUUCAUGCACCGGUUCCACCGAGGAUGUUGUCAACAACCUGCAUGAACUAUGUUUGUUUAAGGACAUUUAUCCAAAGUUGUUUAAAAGAAUAAAAAAAUGUGGAGGUGGAGUGGUGCACUUUCGUUGUCCGCACGGUGUGUGUUAUUAUUUCAAAACCCUGCUGCGACAUGAAAGUGCAAGGGAUUAUAUAGAUGGACUGCUAAGUUUUAAAGUGCAACCAACUGUUUUUGUAUCUGAUAUUGCAGCUCAGGUUGCACAUCAUGGUGAAAAUCGAAAGCAAGGGAUGUUUGGACCAAAUAAAGGAAUGCUUUAUGAAUGGAACGAACAAAACAUCGAAAAAUCAAAUAAUGGAGAACUUUUGCCAACGGAAAUUGAAUUUCAGGAUACUACUGCUCAUUACAGUUUAUUUGACAAAUUUCACAUGUUUUCCAAAAAAAAGGACCAGAAAAAAGUUUCCGCAGUAUUGGGAAUUGUGUGAAUCUACAUUUUCUCAACUCCAGUGCUGCGGAACAAGCCAAUUCCAUCAUGGCUAAAGAUCGACACUUCAUGUACACAAUGAAUUUUGCCAACUUUGCAUUUUAUACGAGGCUUUCAAUUCAUCUCCAAAAUAAAGCUCUGAAUAAUAAAUUUGUUAACAAAACCAAGCAACUGUUCGAUGUUCCAGUUAAAAGAAAUGAAAUCGGCAUCGGUGUUCUUUCAUUUCAAGAUCGACGAUUGUUACAAACAGUUGAAGUCUCAGACACUACAAUAUCGUCGAAUAUGGGAUCAAAGGAGUCCGAGAUCGAAAUAAAUUUAUGCCAGCCUGUUUUGUCUCAAGAUGAACCAACGACUCAACCUAAGAAGCCACCCAAUUACCUGUCGCUUCUUCUUUAGACAAUGGAACUUAUUUUACGGGAGUGUUCAUUGGAAACAUUGUCUGGAUUAAACUGGCUGGAUGGAUUGGUUGGUAGAAACUGAUGUAGUAUUUUUGUUUAUAACCACCUGUUUACUCAGACCAUUGAUUUUUAUCUCAAUCUGAUCGCUAAAAGGAAGAAUGUUCUGGUGUUGGACUGCUUUGUAGUAACCAGCAUUUUAGAUGGAAAGGAUGAUAUUUUUGCACGACAUUCCCUAAAUAAAGUAAACUUCUGUGAAUAUGAAAAAAUUGUUGGGGGAUACAACAAAAAUGGCAACCACUGGAAUUUAAUGUAUCUAAACAUGGCUGAGAAAACAUUUUCCCUCAUCGAGCCAGCUGGUUUAAACAAAAGUUGCACAACAGCCAUACAAAGAUUUCGGAAAUAUCUACAAAUUCGGAACAACAAAAAA